AUGGAGUCAGAGUCAUCUCGUAUUUUCGUCCGNGGGCUGCCNCCCACCAUGAGCGAGGCCGACUUCAAGAAGCACUUUGGCAAAUAUGAAGUCACCGACGCCAGACUCUUUCCUCAGCGCCGAAUUGGUUAUGUUGGAUACAAGUCGCCUGAAGAUGCUCAAAAGGCCGUCAAGUACUUCAACCGUACUUUCAUCCGCAUGUCCAAGAUCGGCGUUGAGCUGGCCAGACCCGUAUGUCGCUUUCUCAUUCUCUUCAUCCAAGCUUCUACUGACCAUCCUACCAGNAUCGGUGAGGCUCCAACAAGGAGGCAAGGUCAAUCAUCGCAACAUCCUUUGGCAAUCGCCAAGUUGCCCGCACACAAUGCAAAUGCCGAGCCCAUCGUAGCAAACCUCAAGCGGAAACGCGCCACUCCCGAGCCCGAGACGAAAGAGAAGGACCCUAAGCUGAGCGAAUUUCUGAACGCCAUGCAGGCUCCUUCUAAACUUCGUGGCACCCGAGGUGAGGAGGUCAACAUUGCUGCCCAAGAACUAGACACCAAGGUCGUCGUGCCCGAGGCCGACAGUGAUUCCGAGUAUGAGAACGUGCCCAAGAAACAGAAGAGCGCAGCGCCAGCCGUGAAACUUCCCCCAGUACAACCCACUACAGAUGCCAUGGACCUUGUCCAGUCUGCUCCCACCGAGACAGCCCAAGUGGACGAGAGUGCCGAGCCGGCCACAGAACAGGACACAGUCAUGAACGACGACGACUGGAUGCGCUCACGGACAAGCAGACUUCUCGGUCUGGCAGAUGACGACGAAGAGGAGGAAACCGCUACUAUGACACGACCCUCGCAUACUGUCGCCGCAUCGCCAAGCCCCGAACCCGUCUAUCAACCGGAGCCUUCGACAAAAGACGAAGAAUUCGAAGGCUUCGAAGACGAGCCCGCACCACCAACGGACGAGGUCGAAGAGAAGGUCAGAUCAAGUCAACGUCUGUAUCUACGAAACCUCUCCUACGCUACCCAAGAAGACGACUUACGAAGCGCUUUCACCGACUUUGGUAAUCUUGAAGAGGUUCACGUACCAAUAGACCCCAAGACAGGUUCUACCAAAGGCUUCGCGUACCUUCAUUUCACCAAUGCCGACAGUGCUUUGAAAGCAUUGCGUGACAUGGAUGGUAAGGUGUUCCAGGGUCGCCUGCUGCACAUCCUCCCUGCUGCUGCCAAGCGAGAGGAUAAGCUCGACGACUUUGCCCUGUCGAAACUUCCGCUUAAGAAGCAGCAGGCCAUCAAGCGCAAGCGUGAGGCUGCUUCCGCUACUUUCAAUUGGAACUCGCUUUACAUGAAUGCCGAUGCUGUCAUGUCUUCGGUUGCUGAUCGUCUUGGUGUAUCGAAGUCGGAGUUGUUGGAUCCUACCUCAUCUGACGCGGCCGUCAAGCAGGCACAUGCCGAAACUCAUGUCAUCCAGGAGACCAAGUCAUACUUCAAGCAGAACGGUGUUGAUAUGGAUGCCUUCAAGAAGCGGGAACGAGGUGACACAGCAAUCCUGGUGAAGAACUUCCCAUAUGAAACCAAGGCUAGUGAGCUGAAGGAGCUUUUUGAGCAACAUGGCAAGAUCAAGAGAUUCUUGAUGCCACCGUCAGGCACUAUUGCCAUUGUUGAAUUUGAACAUGCCCCCGAAGCUCGUGCUGCUUUUGCCUCCCUGGCUUAUCGCAAGAUCCACACGUCCGUUCUUUUCCUUGAGAAGGCACCCAAGGAUUUAUUCCAGGCAACAGCCCCGCUCACUGAUAGUACGGACAGAGAGACCACACAGGCUGGUCUGGAUGCCAAGGCUUCAGCUAGCGAGUUGUUGCAAGAGACUGGCACGGAGGUCUCUGCCGGUACUACCAGCACCCUCUUCGUGAGAAACCUCAACUUCUCCACUACAACGGAUCGUUUGACGGACAUCUUCCGUCCGCUAUCUGGCUUCUUGACAGCAAGAGUCAAGACCAAGACAGACCCCAAGAAGCCUGGUCAGGUCCUCAGUAUGGGCUUCGGGUUCUUGGAAUUUGCUAGCAAGCAACAGGCUGCAGCUGCCAUCACGGCAAUGGAUGGCUACAGUCUCGAUGGUCACAAGUUGCAGCUACGUGCGUCGCACAAGGCUACUGAUGCUGCUGAGGAGCGUCGCAAAGAAGACAAGGCCAAGAAGCUCGCUGCUCGGGGAACCAAGAUCAUCAUCAAGAACUUGCCAUUCGAAGCGACCAAGAAGGACGUGCGCGCUCUCUUCGCUGCAUAUGGACAACUCCGCUCUGUCCGCGUUCCGAAGAAAUUCGAUAAAGGAGCUCGCGGUUUUGCUUUUGCUGACUUCACCACACCGAAGGAAGCGGAGAAUGCAAUGGAUGCUCUGCGCGACACUCACUUGCUGGGUCGUAGACUUGUUCUCGACUUUGCUGCCGAAGACCCUGAAGACGCCGAAGCCGAAAUCGAAGCCAUGGCAAAGAAGGCCGGCUCCCAGCUCAACAAAGUCGCUCUGCAAAAACUCACCAGCGGCGGUCGCAAAAAGUUCCGUGUGGGCGACGAACAAGAUGGUUUGGAAGAGGCGUGA